UACCACCUAUUGUUUUCAUAGUUAUUAUGUAAAUAUAACUAGUAAUAAAUUUUUAUAAUUAAGUGCUGCUUUUUUUGUGUCUAAAAUAAAAGUCAUGGUUGUGAACAUCAGUUUUGCAUCAGGGAUUUCAAAUAGCGAUCCAAACAACGAAGUUGUUCUGGUAGUUGGAAAAAAAGAACAUUUAGAAAAAUUAUCAGGCAAUAUCGGUUUACUCUCAGUUAAGUUUGGUGAUGUGAUUAAUGCACAGCACUUUGCAAAAGGUGUUAAAAAACUCUCAUAUCAUCCUACUGAUAUUGUUGAUCUCUGGUUUAAAAAUUUUAUGGUUGCUUCGCUUCCAUCCAUUGUUAGUCGUCACAAUGCACCAAUGUCUCCACAUGCGCUGACACUGAUUGCACAAAAUUCACUAGCAAAAAGUACAAAGGAAUCUGUUGUGAUAGUUUGUGAGCGUAUUUCAGCUUUUGCACUUGGUCUUGCAGUUUCAAGAGCAUUUCCACUAUACACCCAAAAAAAAAACUCUGGAAGUGAAAGUCAACUUGUAAUUGAAUACAUUUUUUUCGGAGAUAAUUGUGACCCACUUUCAGGUCAUGAAAUUCAGCUUUUGCAAAAUGUAUCUGACUCAAUAAGAUUGGCUGCAAAAAUUGUUGAUAUGCCAUGUAAUAUAAUGCAUACAGAUGCUUUUAUUGAUGAAGUUAAUAAAGUUGGUAAAGAAAUUGGUAUUUUACCUACUGUUAUACAAGGGAAAGAGCUUGAUGAAAAGGGUUUUGGAGGUUUGUAUGGGGUUGGUAAGGCAGCUAUUCACCAACCUGCUCUUGUGAUUUUAAGUCAUACACCUGCCGGAGCAACCAAGACAAUUGCAUGGUGUGGAAAAGGAAUUGUUUAUGAUACUGGUGGACUUUCUAUUAAAGAUAAGAAUAAUAUGCCUGGAAUGAAAAGAGAUUGCGGUGGAGCUGCUGGUAUUUUAGGAGCCUUUAGAACUGCUGUGAAAAUGGGUUUCAAAGAAAAUUUGCAUGCUGUUUUUUGUUUGGCAGAAAAUGCUGUUGGUCCUCUUGCUACAAGACCAGAUGAUGUUCAUACCCUAUAUUCAGGCUUAACUGUUGAAAUAAAUAAUACGGACGCAGAAGGAAGAUUGGUUUUGGGUGAUGGAGUUGCUUAUGCUAAAAAAGAUUUAAAAGCAGAAAUUAUUAUUGACAUGGCUACAUUAACAGGUGCACAGGGUAUUGCAACUGGUAAAUAUCAUGCAGCUAUUCUGUCAAAUAAUGAAGAAUGGGAAAAUCGCUGUGUUAAAGCUGGAAAAAUGAGCGGGGAUCUUGUGUUUCCGGUUCCAUAUUGCCCCGAAUUACACUUUGAAGAGUUUAACAGCCAUGUAGCAGACAUGAAAAAUUCUGUUAAGUCUCGUUCUAAUGCUCAAGUAUCUUGUGCCGGUCUUUUUAUAGGUGCUCAUAUUGGGUUUGAUUUUUCUGGUGUAUGGGUACAUAUUGAUAUGGCAGCGCCAGUCGAAUUACAGAAUGAACGAGGAUCUGGUUACGGCGUGGCAUUGCUUCUCACGCUUUUUGGUAAAUAUUCUAAUAAUGAUCUCCUUCAAAAAAUCUCCCCUGAUUUGUAGAGAACAAUAUUUUUUAAAUUUAAUUAUUUAACUAAGUGAAUUCUCAUUUAUAUGCUUUGUUUA